UAUAGCAUAGCAUUUGGCAAACUCCUUCCUUACUGAAACAAAUGGCUUUCCCCUGGUAUUCACUUGUAGUUCCUGUACUAAUUUUCAUCCUCUUCCUUCAUCAAUGGUUCUUUGCUACUUCACAUAACCAAAAGAAAUUACCACCAUCUCCACCAAAGCUUCCAAUUCUAGGACACCUUCACCUACUUGGCCCGCUUCCUCACCGCGCUCUCCAGAAACUAUCCAAGCAACAUGGUCCACUCAUGCUGCUUCACUUUGGCAGUAAGCCAGUGCUCAUUGCCUCUUCGGCUGAUGCUGCAUGCGACAUCAUGAAAACCCACGAUCUGGUCUUUUCGAAUAGACCUAAAUCAAGCAUCUGUGAUAGAAUCCUCUAUGGCUCCAAAGAUGUUGCUUUUUGUCCCUAUGGUGAAUACUGGAAGCAAGUAAGAAGCAUUUCUGUGCUUCAUCUUCUAAGCAACAAAAGAGUGCGAUCAUUUCGGGACAUUAGAGAAGAAGAAACGGCAAAUAUGAUCCAAAAAAUCAAACAAGCAUCGAGUUCAGUGAUAGAUUUGAGAGAUGUUUUGAGUUCCCUAACUAAUAACGUAAUUAGCAGAGUGGCCUCUGGGAGGAGGUAUGAUGAAGUGGAAGGUGGGAAGAAUACUAAGACGACCGUGCUAGGGGCACUUGCUGAAUUAUUAGGUACUGUUAACAUUGGUGACUAUAUUCCAUGGCUUGAUUGGGUGAACAAGAUCAAUGGUUUGGACAAUAAAAUCGAGAAAGUAGCUAAAGAGUUGGAUACAUUUAUGGAGGAGGUGCUUGAUGAACAUAUGACAGGAGAUAAAAGUGAACUUCCUAAUGGAAAAGCUAAAGAUUUGGUGGACGUUUUGCUUGAAAUUCAGAAACAAAACGUGACUGAUUUUCCUCUUCAAAGAGAUUCACUAAAAGCUAUCCUCCUGGAUAUGUUUGGUGCUGGUACGGAGACAACAUAUACAACAUUAGAGUGGACAAUGACAGAACUUUUGAGGCAUCCAAAAGCCAUGGAAAAAUUGCAGAAUGAGGUGAGACAAGUUGCCGAGGGAAAACCAGAGGUAACAGAGGAUGAUUUAGGAAACCUGCACUACUUGACAGCAGUCAUAAAAGAGAGCCUCAGGCUUCAUCCCCCCGCACCAUUACUAGUCCCUCGAGAAUCAAGACAAGAUGUAAAACUAAAGGGAUAUCAAAUAGCAGCUGGAACACAAGCCAUUGUGAAUGUUUGGGCAAUCGGAAGAGAUCCGUUGCUGUGGGAAAAUCCAGAUGAGUUCCGACCAGAAAGGUUCCUGAGUAGUGCUAUAGAUUUCAAAGGAUUACACUUAGAGUUAAUUCCAUUUGGCGCGGGGCGGAGGGGCUGCCCUGGAAUUACUUUUGCUAUUGCAGUAAAUGAGAUAGCAUUAGCAAGACUUGUGCACAAGUUCGAUUUUGCAUUACCAGACGGGAUAAAAGGGGAAGAUUUAGAUAUGACUGAAGCCCCUGCUGGCCUCACUGUUUACAGGAAAUCUCCUUUGCUUGCAGUGGCUACCCCAUGCUCUUGCUAAGAGUUACGUAUGUGUAUAUCCUGUAGUAUCAAUUAUGAGACUAUUUAAUUGGUUGAUUGUUUUAAUUUCAAAACAUUCAGAUUAUU